UCUCCAGGUACCCCUGCUGUUAAAAUCCUCAUGCCUGCACUGUCACCCACCAUGGAAGAAGGAAACAUAGUGAAAUGGCUGAAACAAGAAGGAGAAACUGUGACUGUUGGAGAUGCGUUGUGUGAAAUUGAAACAGACAAAGCCAUUGUUACCAUGGAGUCAAGCGAUGACGGCAUCUUGGCUAAAAUAAUGAAGGAAGAAGGAAGCAAAAAUGUACGUCUAGGCACACUCAUUGGCCUGCUGGUAGAAGAGGGACAAGACUGGAAGCAAGUUGAAAUACCCAGUGACAUAGCUGAUGCACCUUCCUUGUCUCCACAAGCAGCAGCAGCCCCUUCACCUGCCGUUGUAUCACCUGUGCCUAAAAAAACAGAACACCAACCUGGAAAACUACGGUUCCGCUUAAGCCCUGCUGCCCGCAAUAUUCUGGAGAAACAUGGACUCGAUGCAAGUCACAGCACUGCCACAGGCCCUCGAGGAAUCUUCACUAAGGAGGAUGCUCUCAAGCUUCUCAGUCAAAAACAGAAGGGGAAGCCCAUUGAAGCAAGGCCGCUGGUUUCGUCACACCCUGCACAGCCAACUGUAGUGCCUUUGGCCCCACCAUUAGCAAGUGUGCCUUGCCCUGCCGUUCCUCCAGUUUCUGUACCAGGACAACGUGCUUCCAUGGGUGCAUUCACUGAAGUCUCUGCUAGCAAUGUUAGAAGAGCUUUUGCUAAGAAACUAAUAGAAUCUAAAACUACUAUACCUCAUGCAUAUGUUGCUGCUGACUGUGACCUUGGUGCUGUUUUGAAGCUUAAGCAAGAGUUCGCAAAAGAUAAUAUUGAAGUAUCAGUAAAUGACUUCAUUAUCAAAGCGACAGCAGCUACCCUCAAAAAAAUGCCAGAUGUGAAUGUGACCUGGGAUGGAGAGGGCCCCCAGCAGCUGCAAUCUAUAGACAUCAGUAUUGUUGUGGCAACGGACCAAGGUAUCAUUACACCAAUCAUAAAAGAUGCUGCAGCCAAGGGACUUCAGGAAAUUGCUGCUUCUGCAAAGGCUCUAUCAAAGAAAGCAAGAGAUGGAAAAUUGCUACCAGAAGAAUGCCAAGGAGGAUCUUUUAGCAUUUCAAAUCUUGGCAUGUUUGGCAUUAGCAGCUUCAUUUCUUUUGUAAACCCUCCUCAAGCCUGUGUCUUAGCUGUGGGACGAACUCGAACGGAACUUGGGAUUAUGGUGGAUGAAGAAGGGAAUGAGAAGCUUCAGCAACACCAACUCAUGACAGUGACUCUGUCAAGCGAUGGCCGAAUGGUGAAUGAUGAACUUGCUUCAAAAUUUCUAGAGAGCCUUAAAUCUAACUUGGAGAACCCAGCCGGUCUUGCCUUGUGUUGAAAUGAUGACCCAUUG